ACCCAUAAAGUUAGAGUGAGAGAGAGAGAGAGGGAGAGAGAAUGGCCACGACAACAGCGAGUCGGUUGCUUCUGGUUUCAAUACGCUGCUCUGAUUCAACCCCAAGACGCGGUUUUGGAACCAAAAAGAACACCAACAAGGUACCCACGAAAUCAACAACUAAACAACCUGGUCCUGUACGUACUCGUUUCCUUGUAGAGGCACCUGGUUUAAGUUCUCGAUUUGAUGGGAAAUCUACCAAUAAGGCUUUGGACCUUCAGUUUGAGGAACGGCUGGAAGCAGUUAAAAGGUCAGCGCUUGAGCAGAAAAAGGUCGAUGAAGUAAAAGAAUUCGGGGCAAUUGACUAUGAUGCACCGGUUGAGUCGGAGAAGAAAAUUGGACUUGGUACCAAGAUUGGAGUAGGUGUGGCUGUCUUGGUGUUUGGUUUGGUUUUUGCUCUUGGAGAUUUUCUUCCAUCAGUAAGUGUUAGUCCCACUGAGGAUGGUGUGGUGGUCACAAAUAAACUGUCCGAAGAAGAGAAGGCUAGUCUUGAGACUAGGCUGAAAGAUUACGAGGCAAUGCUAAUUAACUCCCCCAAAGAUCCAAUUGCUCUUGAAGGAGCUGCAGUGACCUUGGCACAAUUAGGAAAAUAUUCUCGGGCUUCCUCUUUGCUUGAGGACUUGACAAAGGAAAAACCAAGUGAUCCUGAUGUUUUCCGAUUGCUUGGAGAAGUUAAAUACGAACUCAAGGAUUUUGAAGGGAGUGCUACUGCAUAUAAGUCUGCCCAGAUGGUGUCUAAAGAUAUCAAUUUUGAAGUUUUGCGUGGCCUUACAAACGCAUUACUUGCGGCUAAGAAACCAGAUGAGGCCGUUCAAUUCCUCCUGGCCUCUCACGAACGUCUGAAUUCACAAAAUUCCAAUGGUGAGGCUGAAGAAACAACAUUGCAGCAGGUGGACCCUGUUCAAGUUGAAUUACUUCUUGGUAAAGCCUAUUCAGAUUGGGGCCGUAUCAGUGAUGCCGUAUCUGUUUAUGACCGCCUCAUCUCAAGUCACCCUGAUGACUUCCGCGGUUACCUAGCUAAGGGAAUCACUUUGAAGGAAAAUGGUAAAGUUGGAGACGCAGAGAGAAUGUUUAUACAAGUGAGUACAUCAAUUUCUAUUAGCAAAAUGCAUGAAGGCAUACAAAAUACACGUGCACACAAAAACCCAUAUAUAUAUAUAUAGAGUAACACCACACACUCUCAUUCUUUCACUCUCACUCUCAAUCUCACUCUCAUUCUCACACACCCUUAGGUGACUCCCACUCUCUUCAAAAUCCAAUAAUAUGGUAUUCCAAAUCCAAUGGUGAGAGUGGGAGCCGCCUAAGGUGUAUGAAAGUGAGAGAAUGGGAGCAUGUGUAACAUGAUAUAUAUAUUAUUUGGUAUAUUUAUGUAUCGAUAUUGGUGCAUGUGUAUAUAUAUGUAUGUAUUAAGCUCUUUUAAUGCAAGAGAAUUUCUAUGGAGACAAUUGGUAUCUGCAAGUAUCUAAUAGUAAAAAUGUUGAGGUAGUUUUAUACAGCUUACACUGACAGGAAAGGAGUUCAUCUACACUAACAUUUGCUGCUCUAAUUAAUCAUAGUUCAAAACUGACGGUGGUGGUGGGGUGUUGAAGGGUGACGUAAUUGUUGCGUAGAAUAACCGUACCCGGAAUAAAAACGCCUCACACCUUUUGACUCUUCUUUGUUAAUACUGAGAAGUUAAUUGGAUUGGAGUUGGAUUUUGAAAAUCCGAGUCUGCUCACUUUGUUUCCCGUACUUAAAUGUGUAAUUACAAUUAGUACCGUGCUGGUGUAGAACCUUGGCACGUAUGCGCGCACGUGUACACGCACAUAGGAUAUAUAGACACGUAUGCACGCACACAAGAUAUAAGAUGGUAUGUAUCAAAUGUUAUGUGCAGGCACGAUUCUUUGCACCAGAGAAAGCUAAGGCACUUGUAGAUCGUUACUCGAGAUAGUAACUGCUUUUGGUGUUGCCUGCAUGCCUGGUUCAGUUAUUGGGAAAAAUGUUGUCUCAGGAGCAUGAGCAUGUUAUUACAUUUUGACCAUUAGAUUAUAGAUACAUAGGCCUCCAGAAUUCUUGGAAGUUAGUUUUGUUUAAUUUCUAGAUUAUUUGGGCUUGUAAAAGAAUUAGCUGAUAACAAAUAAGGUCGGAUCCGAUGUUGCCCAUCACCCCGAUUUUCUAUGUUAUAUGGUGAACAAAAUUCAAUGCAUCAGUAAAAUUUAAAUUC